CAAAGCUUGCGGUGGUUUGAAUAUUCUACCACGAAAAUCUAGCGUGCCAUUGUGUAUAUUGCAAAACAGGCAUCGAGAUCUGAUAAGCUGGAGACAUUGAUGUCCCCUAUGAGUAAUCAACUCUAAUCCCUGGCGUUGCUGUUCACUCGGUCAACAUCCAUUAGUCGCACCGGCAUUUGCUCCUAUCAUGUCCACUCCACCUACCUGGCGCACAAAUUUCAGCUUCACUGAUCGUUUGAGUUCAGUAAUCGAGUUGAUCUCUGUAUACCGUUCAUCCUUUCCCAACCGUGGUGUUGAAGAGUGCCAGCAGGAUGCCAAGGCACUUGAAGAGGACGCAUAUGUCCACGCUCAAUCCCUUGAAGAAUACCAUGCCUAUUGUAAGAAGAUAUUGCAGGAAGUCCAAAGCAAAGCGUCAGAUGCAGGCUCUGAUCACUCCAUCACCAACGAUGGGCUGUAUGGCGAUGAAACUGGUCCUGGGAAAACGAUUGGAGACUACCAAAAUGCCACCUUCCGUUACGAUGGGCUCUUUUCCACUAUCUAUAAAGCUCUAUCAAACGCUGGCGCUGUCGUUGCGCUCAAAGUUUGCGCUCCUGCGUCCAUGACGCCUCCCCAUGACUCAAGAAGGGAAGCACGUAUUCUUCGCGAGGUCUCACAUCCAUCCAUUAUCAAUCUGCUAGACUCUUUCACGCACAUCGGUGGCUAUUACGUCCUCGUAUUUCCUUAUGUUCCGUAUGAUCUUGAUCAUCUGCUAAGUCAAAGAUUGUUGUCGCUCUCCCAAGUCAAGUCACAUCUUCGGGGCCUCUUCCGGGCCCUUGAACAUAUUCAUUCUCUGGGCAUAAUCCAUCGAGAUAUCAAACCUUCGAACAUUCUUCUAGGAGCUCCAGAUGGGCCAGUAUUUCUGGCCGAUUUUGGGAUUGCUUGGUCUCCCCGAGAUACGGCAUCAGAGCCAAUAUCUCAGAAAAUUACUGACGUGGGAACUACAUCAUAUCGGGCUCCAGAACUUUUAUUUGGAAGCACCAAUUAUAGCCAGACACUAGAUCUCUGGGCUGCUGGGUGCGUUGCCGCAGAGGCAUGUCGCCUGGACAGUAUACCAUUGUUCGACGCGGGUGACUUGGGGAGUGAGUUGGCUCUAAUCAAAAGUAUAUUCGAAAAUCUAGGGACACCUUCUCUGGAUACAUGGCCGGAAGCAACUACGUUCCCAGACUGGGGAAAGAUGGAAUUCCAUGUAUUUCCUCCGAAACCAUGGAAUUCGAUAUUACCAAAUGUUACAGAAGGCGCAAGAGAUCUGGUGAGCGAAUUGGUUCAAUACGAGAGUGCCCAACGUUUGUCAGCACAUGAUGCAUUGAAACACCCUUUCCUAGCCAAUGACAUAUAGCAUUGCAGUAUCAUUAGUCCUAGAGUCGGACUACACAAUGUUCUUAAUGACUGAAAAACCUCGAAAGAUUGAAGUUGGCGCGUUAAUCCUGAUGACUUGAUUUAUCUCAAGGGAGUUUUCCUGCAAGAUUUCGUUUUAUUCUCUCGAUUGAAACUACACGAUACAUAUGAAAACGAAAGAGUGAGAAUCAAAAAGCGGGUCGAUCGACUUA